AUGAGUUCUCAUUCUCAAGGGCGUGAAAACCGAAAAGCAGCCAGAAACAGCACCAGACCACAGCAGGAAGCAUCCCAAAUGAAUGUGCCCAGUUCGCAUAGUGGGCAAACAUUUGCGGACGAUGACUCGAUCGAUUUGACGGCUCUUGGGGCGCAGGAUGUAUCCGGCACUGGGACGGUCACAAGGUUGGCCUCCACCAUCAGAAAGAACCAGCAGCACAUUAGCAGAAGCCGAAAUCCUAGCAGAAACAACAGUAUCGACACAGAGGAGCCAGCGAUUCGCCUCCCAACAUCAUUGUAUGAAUCCCAUCAAACUGGGGCUUCAGAUGACACUGUGCCGUCACUAUUUGGGUCCUCUCAGCGAGCGGAUGCCGCGGUACCAACCCUGGAGGCUACCGCGGCGCCAGAUAUGGAUGAGGAAAUAGAACGCGCCCGUUGA